UCUUCUUCUUUGAACAAGAACUUGGAAAGUGAGACCAGGAGGCAUAGUGGCCAAUCCCAACUGGACGCCAUUGUUCCUCCUCGAAAUGAAAAUCGGAAUCCCAAGGACAAGAAGAUAUACCUCUACAACUGGAAGAGCCAUAAAUCAUCAAGCGAAAAGAGUGUUAUCCAUCAGAAGGAAGACCGUGAUGGCAACAACGGUACUAAUGAUGGGUCUUAUUCAGUUCCGGGGCUCAGUCUUGAUGAUAGCUUGAGUGAUGCUCGAAAUGGAGGCGACUCAAAGAGCGACACCUACUUGGGAGAUCUCUGUUCUUCAAUGGUCUUCAGGUGCGGUGAUGCAAAUCUAGUGUCAUAUGGCGGACCAUUGGCCAAACGGGCUUCUGCGGUCAAGAAAAAGAGUAAGAAGCAUUGUUCCCAUUUGGAUGUUUUGUCGAGACAUCGACAAAAGGGUCCUGUUCUUGGUAGGAAAUUGUUGGAGGGCCAUCCUUCGUUGUCUAUUAGUUUCAGCCAGGAUGAUUCGAUCGAGCAGUCUGAUGACACCGAAGAUUACUCUAACUCAGAGGAUUUCAGACGAUAUUCUGCGGCUUCCCCUUUACUAUUGAAGCUCCACCCAUCUGCUAAGUUAUUGAGAAAUCAUCGAAAAGAGGACUCUUCCUAUUCUUAUAGCACCCCAGCUUUAUCUACUAGUUCUUAUAAUAGGUAUGUUAAUAACAACCCAAGUACUGUUGGGUCUUGGGAAGGCACCACAACUUCGAUUAAUGAUGCAGAUGAUGAAGUGGAUGAUCAAUUAGAUUUUCCUGGUCGUCAGGGAUGUGGUAUUCCUUGCUAUUGGUCAAAGCGGACGCCAAAGCAUAGAGGAGUUUGUGGAGGUUGUUGCUCUCCUUCACUUUCUGAUACCUGGAGAAGGAAGGGAAGUAGCAUUUUGUUUGGUAGUCAAUCUAUUUAUUCUAGGCGCAAAUCAUUAAAUUCCAGUAACCGAAGACUUACUUCAGGAAGUGCUCGAGGGGUCCUCCCAUUGCUUACUAACAGUGCAGAUGGCAGAGUUGGUUCAUCGAUUGGAACCGGGAGAAGUGAUGAUGAACUGUCUACUAACUUUGGGGAGCUUGAUUUGGAGGCUCUGAGUAGGUUAGAUGGACGAAGAUGGUCAAGUUGCAGGAGUCAUGAAGGGCUAGAGAUUGUUGCUUUAAAUGGGGAGGUAGAGGAGGGAAGUACACCAGAAAGUACAACAAGUUUCAGCCAGAAGUAUAGACCGAUGUUUUUUAAUGAACUGAUAGGUCAGAAUAUAGUGGUACAAUCACUUAUAAAUGCUAUUUCAAGGGGACGGAUUGCUCCUGUUUAUCUUUUCCAAGGCCCACGGGGUACUGGAAAAACAACAGCAGCAAGGAUUUUUGCUGCUGCGUUGAAUUGUUUGGCCCCGGAGGAAAAUAAGCCAUGUGGAUACUGCAGAGAAUGCACUGAUUUCAUGUCUGGCAAACAAAAGGAUCUCUUGGAAAUUGAUGGAACAAAUAGGAAGGGAAUAGAUAGAAUUAGAUACCAAUUAAAAAAGUUAUCAUCCGGGUCAUCUUCAGCCUUCUUGAGAUAUAAAGUUUUUCUCAUUGAUGAGUGUCAUUUGUUGCCCUCUAAGGCGUGGCUCACAUUUCUCAAAUUCUUUGAAGAACCUCCUCAACGUGUUGUCUUCAUAUUCAUAACUACUGAUCUUGACAGUAUACCCCGUACCAUUCAGUCAAGGUGUCAGAAGUACAUAUUUAACAAAAUAAAAGAUUGUGACAUGGUAGAAAGACUUAAAAGAAUUUCUGCAGAGGAGAACUUGGAUGCUGAUUUGGAUGCAUUGGAUUUGAUAGCUAUGAAUGCUGAUGGUUCACUUAGAGAUGCUGAAACAAUGUUGGAACAAUUGAGUUUGUUAGGGAAAAGGAUAACAAUAUCUCUGGUUAAUGAACUUGUUGGCAUUGUUUCUGAUGAAAAGUUGCUUGAGCUUUUAGCGCUAGCAAUGUCUUCAAACACCGCAGAAACAGUUAAAAGAGCAAGAGAGUUGAUGGAUUCUGGGGUUGAUCCGCUGGUUUUGAUGUCUCAGCUCGCCAGCUUGAUUAUGGACAUUAUUGCUGGAACCUACAACAUUAUUGAUCCUAAAGACAGUGCUUCAAUAUUUUGUGGACGCAGUUUAAGCGAAACCGAAGUGGAAAGAUUGAAGCAUGCUCUUAAGUUUCUUUCGGAGGCCGAGAAGCAGUUGAGAGUUUCCAGUGAGCGUUCAACUUGGUUCACAGCAACUCUUUUGCAACUUGGUUCCAUAUCUUCUCUAGAUUUCACUCCGACAGGCAGCAAUAGGAGACAGAGCUGCAAGACAACUGACGAUGAUCCAUCAACUACUUCAAAUGGGACAAUUGGCUACAAACAAAAGUCAUUUUCUCAUCUUAUACCAAAGUUAGGUUCCCCUGCAUCUUUGUGCAACCUGAAAAAUGGCAAUUAUAAUAAUCAAGGGGAUUUGUCGCCUAUGGUUGAUAGUUUGAGUAACAACCCCAAGCCCACGCAUAAACAGUUCAUGGAGGGUAAAAACUCUUUUUCGCGUGAUGAUGCUACUCUUAGAAAUAUGGUUUUCAGAUGCAAAAACUCAGAAAAGUUGGAUAACAUCUGGGUGCAUUGUAUUGAAAGAUGCCACUCAAAGACGUUGCGGCAGCUAUUGUAUGCUUAUGGGAAGCUUUUGUCCCUUUCGGAAUCUGAAGAUACCCUUAUUGCAUACGUUGCCUUUGAGGACGCAGAUAUCAAAUCCAGAGCUGAAAGGUUUCUGAGCAGUAUCACAAAUUCUAUGGAGAUGGUUCUUAGAUGCAAUGUAGAGGUUAGAAUCAUUUUGUUACCAGAUGGUGAGACUUCUAUUAAUGGUAUGACUGCAGCCAAGUCGUCCGAAGGUGUAGAACACGAACUUGUUGAUAAAGAAAGGAAAAUUGCCAAUCUUAAUGCAAUGGAGGGCUAUUCUAGCCGCUCUUUGAUUCUGGAUGGAACAUAUCAAGCAACCUCUGAUUCAUCGCAGCUACCAUCCGAAAGUAACAAUCAAAUAGACGGUUCGAGGGACAGGAGACAGGAAAUCCCGAUGCAGAGAAUAGAAUCAAUUAUUCGUGAACAAAGGUUGGAAACUGCCUGGUUACAGGCCAUGGAAAAAGGCACACCUGGAUCUUUGAGUCGUUUGAAACCCGAGAAGAAUCAAGUCCUGCCUCAAGAUGGUUCAUACUAUAAAGAUCAAACGGAAGAAAUGAAUUCAACAGGGGACUCCUCUCGGAAAUGGGAUGAUGAAUUGAACCGUGAGCUUAAAGUUCUGAAGGCUAAUGAAGAGCUAAUUGCCCAGAAGGAGCAGGUUGGCAGACGGGUGGACCGCUAUGCUAUCUCCCCAAGUAUACUGCACGAUGGCGGCAUGGUGGGAAAUGCAAACAAGGAUAACCUGGGAUAUGAAUCAAGCUCAGCGGUUGGUGGUUGUAGUGGAUUGUUCUGCUGGAACAACAGCAAAUCCCAUAAAAGGGGAAAGGUAAGAACCAACCAUGGUCGGUCACGCAGUGGAAGAUUUUCACUGUUUGGGGAGUGUGGGAAGUCGAGGAAUUUCGGGAGUCGAUCUAGACGAUAAACAUGACUCUGGUAAUCGUUUUGUGUCUGUAAUCUUGUGUUUUUUGGUACAAUUCUUUAUGGGCAUAGGGAUGGAGGGGGAAGUAGUUGAUGUAAAGUUCUCAUUAAUCGAGCCAAUAAAUGGUCAGUAAUGAACAUUGGAGUGUGCCUAAUUGGAGGGGGAAGCUUUGGUUCCAAAUAGAAUUCUUUUUGACUUAUUUGUAAAGAAUCUCAGCCUAUCACUAUCUUAAAAAGAUGUAUACUCUGUCGGUUUAGUUAGAUAAGGAAAUCUUAGAACUCAACA